AUGUCCAACUUACUCAAGUUCAGUAUCGCCCCAGCAGUAGAAGCCACCGAAGCUCCACCUAUCCCAAGAGCUCAGGCGUGGGGCCGUGAAUACUUGAAUUCACCAACGUACGGGGAUCUUCUAGACUUGUCCCAAGGUGUACCUAAAAACGCUCCUCAUCCAUCUGUCCUGGAGGCUUUGGCCGGAUCGUCAAGUGAUCCCCUAUCAGCGAGGUAUGGUCCGAUAUUAGGUGAAUUAGCUUUGAGAAAAGCGUACGCAGAGGAAAUCAGAGUACAAUAUCAACUCCCUUCUUCUUCCUCUAUCUCUACUUCUCAGUCUACGAAGGAUACUGCAAAGUUGGUUCCGGGAUCGACAUCGAAUCAAGAUGGUUCGACCCAGUCACCUGAAGCGGAAGUUAGUAAAGGCAAAGGAACGGUCAAUUUCGAUGAUAUAUCAAUAACAACAGGAUGUAAUAUGGCAUUCCUCGUCCUUAUCAUGGCUUUAUGUCCAUCUGGAAAUUCCUCUGUGAUGGUUCCACUGCCAUCAUAUUUCAAUCAGAUGAUGGUUUUUUCACUACAGGGUGUUAAACCUAUAUACAUCCCUGGUGAUUCUACGAAUGGAUUCAAACCGGAUAUACAAGCUGCUAGAAAUUACCUGUCAACUGUAAACGAAGAAGGGAAGCCGAAGAUGAUUGUCUUAGUAUCGCCAAACAACCCCACUGGAGCUGUUUAUAGACAUGAAGAAUUGAAAGAAUGGUAUGAUCUCGCUAAGAAAAAUGGAAUGGCACUGGUGUUGGAUGAAACGUAUAGGGAUUUCGUAGAGGAUGACCAAGGUGGGAGAGGGGUGCCUCAUAGGUUAUUUGAGGAAGAGGAUUGGAGAGAGACGUUGGUCUGUCUAGGAAGUUUUAGUAAAGGAUAUAGGAUACCAGGACAUAGACUAGGAAGUAUCAUCGCUAGUCCUGCUUUAUUAAAGCACAUAACGACGAUAUGCGAUUGUAUGCAGAUCUGCGCACCUCGUCCACCUCAAAUCGCCUUAUCUCCCCUCCUCCCCGCCCUUCGAUCAGACCUAGAAGAAUCUUCCAAAGCUCUCUCUCAUCGACGAAAUCUCUUUGUUGACGUGGUUACCAAAGUUCAAGGGUGGAAGGUAACUUCCAUAGGAGGAUAUUUCGCCUAUGUCUCCUUCCCCAAGGAAUACAUACAUGCUUCUGCCAACGUCGGAUUGAAAAGGAAAAGAUUAGGAAGUGAGGAUAUAGCUCUGAUCUUAGCCAGGAGGCUCGGAGUGGUCACGCUUCCUGGGAGCUUCUUCAUGCCUGACUUGAAGGAUGACGAGAUUUGGGAAAAGGAUGUUUUAAAGGGUGGAGAAGGGUUGAGGGAAGAUAUCUGGUUGAGAUUCGCUGUGGCUAAUGUAGGAGACGAGGUGAUCCUCAAGCUUGGACCAAGACUAGAAGAGAUGAACAAGUUGAUGGGAAUCGGGGAGUUGAGUCAAACGGAAUAA